AUGUCUUUCAUUCUGACCUACCGCAACCCGCAGGCCAAGUUGGCCCAGGCACGGGCACAGGCACGAACCCGCGCGCCCAGCAACGCAGGGCAUGAAGAACAAUUGUCGAUGUUCCGGGCGAAACUGAACCCAGAACACGAACACGAACAACAACAAGACCAAGUUGUCCUGCUAUCCUACGACGAGCUGCCGGACUGGCAUCGGGACAACCACUUCCUGCGAUCGGGUUAUCGACCCAUUUCGAACUCGUGCCUCGGCUGCGCGCAGUCGUUGGGCUAUCUACACAACGAGACUCUGAACAUCUACACGCAUCUGAUCCCGGCCGUCUGCCUGGUGUUCGGGCACGCCACGGUGCACCGGGCCAUCAGCUCCGUCUACCCCGAAGCGUCGGUGUUGGACCACGUGGUCUUCCACUGCAACGUGGGAGCGGCGCUGAUCACGAUGGCGCUCUCGUCCGCGUACCACACUCUGAUGAAUCACUCCAUGGCGGUGUCGAGUCUGAUGCUGCGGGUGGACUACGCCGGGAUCCUGGUCCUCAUUCUGGGCAGCUUCUUUUCCGGCAUCUACGUCGGCUUCUACUGUGAGCCGGUGCUGCGCGGGCUCUACUGGGCCAUGAUCAUCGGGCUGAGCGUGGUCACGUCGGCGCUGGUCCUGCACCCGAAGCUCCAGGGCCUCAGGUAUCGGCACCAUCGCACCUGGGCCUUCAUCCUCACCGGCCUGUCGGGAUUCGCUCCCAUCGUCCAUGGACUGCUGUUGUAUGGCUGGGCGGACAUGUGGGUCCGGUCGGGCAUGCCGUACUACCUGCUGGAAGGCUUGGUGUAUGGCCUGGGUGCCUUCUUCUUCGUCACCCGCAUCCCGGAGUCCAUCUGGCCGGGCUCUUUCGACAUUUGGUUCUCGUCGCACCAGCUGUUCCAUGUCUUGGUCGUCAUGGCCAGUCUGGUGCACCUGUACGGCGUCUGGGUCGCCUUUGGCUGGAACUAUGAGAACCAACGAGUCUGUCCAGUCUCCGGCUAUGGAGUGUAG